AAUCGUUUUCAUGUAGAUGCCAUUAAACUCGCUCAUUCGUUACCAUCUUUCGUCUUUAUUUUCGUUCUUCUCCCCCCGUUUUUUUCUCUUGCCUAUUUCGAUGAUACUAACCAAUCAGGUGAUGAAUCAGAUUCGGGACCAGGACGUAAGGGGAAUCUUGCCACACCGCCCAACAAGGAGAAGCGCAAGCCAUUCUUCAAGAAACAGGAGACCGCCUCGCCCUACGAUGUCGUGCCAUCGAUGCGUCCCGUAGUCUUAGUGGGUCCAAGCUUAAAGGGUUACGAAGUAACCGAUAUGAUGCAAAAAGCUUUAUUUGACUUCCUGAAGCACCGGUUCAAGGGUCGGAUCAUCAUCACCCGUGUCAUGGCCGAUAUUUCACUGGCCAAACGUUCUAUCAUGAAUAAUCCUUCGAAACGGGCGAUAAUGGAACGAUCCAGCAGCCGAUCUGAUUGUUUGAGCAAAGUACAGGAGGAGAUAGAACGAAUAUUCGAACUGGCCCGGACGUUACAAUUAGUAGUACUCGAUUGUGAUACAAUCAAUCAUCCGUCACAACUAGCAAAAACUUCAUUAGCACCAACCGUAGUUUAUCUUAAAAUUAGUAGUAGUAAGGUUUUACAGCGUUUAAUCAAAUCACGUGGAAAGUCACAGGCCAAAAAUCUUUCCGUACAAAUGGUAGCCGCUGAGAAAUUGGCUCAAUGUCCACCGGAAAUGUUUGAUGUUAUCCUAGAUGAAAAUCAAUUAGAAGAUGCCUGUGAACAUAUUGCUGAAUAUUUAGAGACCUAUUGGAAAGCCACACAUCCAGAAAUAACAACGGCUCAAUCCAUACCUAGACCAAUACCUCAGGAAGCUUCACCUACCACAGAUCAGGCCCGUUUGGGUCCAACGCCACCAGUUGAUGGGGGCGAAGAUGAACGUGAAUAUCGCAUGGGCUCAAUAGAACGUGAGGGAAGUCGCGAUCGUGACAUAACAAGUCGUGAACGCGAACGCGACGAAGAUUAUGAACGCGACUAUUGGGACAAUGAAUUCACAAAAGGACGUAGAACACCGCGCGAACGUCAACGCGAUCUCGAAUGGGAACGUGAACGGGCCCGCGAAUGGGAGAGAGAACGAGAAAGAGAUUGGGAUAGAGAAUUCGAUUGGGACCAAGGAGGUACUUCCUAUCCACAUCCACGUCGUCCGGCCUCUGGUGGGCAUAUUGAUCGUGGCUAUGAACGAGAUCGCUUGGAAAGAGAACGUGAACGAGAUCGCUAUGAACGUGAACGCGAACGGGAGCGUUUGCAUGCCCGUGAACGUGAUCUCAUGCACUACGAUUUGAACAAUGAGGAGCUGUUGGAUGAGCGCAGCUAUGCCGCCGACUAUCCACCACAUCGGGGUGCGGUGGGCGGCAGUGUGCAUGCACAUUUGUCACGUGGCAGCCGUCUAAUGGAUGACAGUGAUUUGUUGCAUAUGGAACGCGAUGAAUUGCGCAGCGGACGUUAUGCCAGCGGGGCGUCGGGUCGUGUUAUCGACCCCCGUGACUUGCCACCAUCGGCGCCAACGGCUAGACGCGGUGCACCCAUUGUUGAUCGCGAUGAAUACAGUCCGCACCGAGGCGGUGGGAGUAGUAGGAGAAUGCUGAAUGCCAUGUAGGAAUCGUGGAUAUAGGGGUGGGAUCAGAUCGAUAGUAAAGGCGCGACGAUGUUGGCCAGCGGUGCCACAGCGUCAAGGGUUAGAGAGCACAAGGAAACUACAAAUAGUACUAGUAAUAUCGAUCGCCAAUAUCAGCAACAACAACAACAUCCGCAGCAUCACGAACACCAUCAUAAUAUGAAUACACAGAAACAAUCACAACAAUCCUCGAAAUCACGAUUAUUGUCCUCCUCAAUAAUAACUACCUCCUCCACAACCUGCGACCAGGGCAGUACCAGUAGUAGUAGUGGUAAUAUGAGUAGUGGUAGACGUAUUAAAUUAAGUCAUGCACGUUUCUCUCAUAUCGAUCCCAUUCUAUCACCCACGUCACCACAAUCACCCCUGCCAUCACAGAGAUCAUUAUCACAGCAUCAGCAACUGCCACCACCCGCCACACUGUCAUCAUUGUCCCCGACACAACAACAAUCGCAACAACCAUCCAGUGCAUCGACAGAUGUGGCAACACUGUUGCCGAUGCAAGAUAAAACGGAUAUAUUCCAUUUGCAUCAUUCAUCAUCCAACAAUGAUCAACAAAUA